UCAUUACUUCAAACGCGAAUAGACGUGUACAUCGAUGCAAAAUAAUAUUGCUUAAUUGAAGAAUUAAAAUAAUAGUGACCUAGUUUGGUAUUUACUUUGACUUUAAUUUUAUAUGUGAGUUAAGUGCUACAAACUAUAAUUUGAUUAAUUAUGACAAUAAGUGUGUACAACGACGAGUAAUAUGGACAGCAGCCCCUUUAACCGGAGCGGGAUUACUCGCCGCACCCCUCCGCCGACAACACCGUGCCGGGAACAACCAGCCCAAAUUGACCCUCCAGAAGUUGUAACUACAUCAGAUCUUCACCAAUGGACCGGGUCAGUUGAGAGAUACCUACAAGAAAUCUGCAAUAUUUCUUCCGAGGGCAAACUGAACUCCGAACAGAAAUUGAAAAUUAGCAACCUCUGCCGAAAAGUAUCCCAAGGCUUCACCCACGUCACUGUGCAAUACCAAGCCCUGAAGAAUAAGGCAUUGAUCCAACACUAUGCCUUACAAGACCUCAAAGAAAAAAAUGACCUUGCUGUUUCUUUAACGCAAAUUAAAGAGACGAUAAAAGAGUCCUGCUCGAAAUCCGUGCCACAAAAUAGCUCUUUUGCCGACAUGGUGAAAAAAGGUACCAACAACUUUGUACGUCCAAGCCCCUUAAGCUCUGUUGCAAUUUAUCCUAGUGAUAAAUCAAAGACCAGCGACGACACUAAGAACAUUGUUCAAAAAGCCAUUUGCCCAGGAGACAUCAAUCUAAAAGUACGUGGCGUUCGCAAGAUACGUAACGGCGGUGUCAUUAUUAGCACUGAAACAAAAGAGGACUUGGAAAAGCUGAAGAAAUCAGUCCAGCUCUCUUCCACAGGACUUACCGUUGAUGAGCCGAAGAAACGCAAUCCGCGACUUAUUGUUUUAGGAAUCCCGACCUCAAUGGCUGAGCCGGAAGUGUUCAAAUGUAUUUUUGAACAAAACGUUGCUGAAAAGCUUCCCAGUUUGUCCCGUGAUGCCUUCCUGGCUUCAAUAAAAUUAAGCCAUAAAUCAGGAAGGAGAGACGCCGACCACUGCAACUUCAUCAUUGAAGUUUCAGCCGCCCUACGUAAAGCCCUUAUAACGCAAGAUAGAGUGUUCAUCAACUGGACAUCCUGCCCUGUGAGAGACUUUACUAUAGUGACCAGAUGCUACAACUGCCAGCAGUAUGGUCAUGCAGCCAAGUCGUGCCAGGCUGCCGCUCCAACAUGUGGUCACUGCGGAGAUGAGGGCCACUCUAUCAAAGACUGCCCUAAGAAAGGAGCUCCGCCGAAGUGCGCUACUUGCGCCCGCUUCAAAAAGCCGAGCAACCAUCAAACUGGUGAUAUUGACUGCCCAGCUAAAAAAGCAGCAGAAAAUAGGUACAUGAAUUCGGUAAAUUAUGAAGGCGCCUAAGAGCGCCACUCUUUUUUCUUAAUCUUAGAUCUAAGUUUACUUGUUAAAUGGCCAUUAACUUAAUUAAUGAAAUUGACGAUUCCUUUUCAAACAUAUCCACUUCUUGUGAGGUUGAAGAUUGCAAAAGCUAUGUAUCCAACUUCUCAAAAUCACUAACUGUUCUCACUCAAAACAUUCGUAGCUUAUACAAAAAUAUAGAUAAUUUUCAUGUUCUUCUAGGAAGACUUAACUUCUCAUGUGACAUAAUCAUACUAACAGAGUGUUGGCUUAAAAGUAGAUGCGUUAACCUACCUGAUAUUCAGGGAUAUAACUCUUUUUGUAAUACUAUGAAUACUAGCCAAAAUGAAGGAGUGGUUGUCUAUGCCAAAGAUUCAUUAAGAGUUACUGUAGAGGAACCCAAUACACCAGGAUGCAAUUGUUUGGUCAUUAAGGUAGAUACAAUUACAGCAAUAAUAGCUGUUUACAGGCCACCUUCCACUAGAAAUUUAGAUUCCUUUCUCAAUUCCUUAAACCAGACAUGUGAAACACUAACCUCCUUUAGAAAUAUUGUACUAACAGGUGACAUAAACAUUAAUAUCAACUCUGAGAAUUCUGAUGCAGGAAUACAGGAUUACCUUAAUUUAUGUGCAUUUCAUGGACUCCUCGCUGCUCAUAAAUUGGCAACACAUCAAAGUGGUUCCUGUCUGGAUCACAUGAUGGUUAAAACCAACUCAAACUAUAUUAGCCUUGUUACUAACUCUACAUUAACCGAUCAUCAUGCCGUUCUGCUUAUCCUUAACUUCACGCUUCCGAAGCAAAAUCGUCACCAAACUAGGUCACAAUUAAACCUAAAAAAACUCGAACAUGAUUUACGCAAUAUCGACUUUACACCGAUUUAUAAUUCUGCUGAUGUCAACGUCUCGAUGUCGUAUUUAAUAAAUAAUGUUGAACAAGCUAUUCGUCGUAAUACCACAGUUAUAAAAACUAAUAACAGACAUUAUAACAUAAAGCCAUGGAUUACGCCUGGGCUUGUUAGAUGUAUAAGACACCGGGACAAACUACAUCAUAGAGCAAAACGUUUUCCUGAUAAUUUUGAUCUACAAUUAACAUACAAAAGAUACAGGAACUUUUGCAAUAAUUUGCUGAAAAAGAUUAAAAUCGAUUACGAUAAAGGCGCGUUACAUCGGGCGGGUAAAAAUAGUAAGAGACUUUGGCAACACAUAAAAAAUGUAACAAAUACGUCCAAACAGCGAGAAUCAUGUUCGAAUUUACUACUAACGGAAUCUACUUCGCUUCAGUCUGCUGACAAUGUAAAUAACUACUUUUUAAAUGUGGGUAGAAACCUCGCUCAACAGUUGCAGCUAAACUCUACAACCCGGACUAAUACAACUUUACUACACUCAAAUACUGAAAAAUCAUUUGUUUUAUUAGAUACAGACGAACAGGAAAUUGCACGAAUCAUAACUGGAAUGAAAGAUAAUUGUGCAACUGGUUGUGAUGGAAUCAGCAAUAGGAUCUUGAAAACAUAUAGGCAAAUUUUUGUCCCACCUCUGACUCAUGUUUUUCGAGAGUGUCUCUCUAAAGGCAUUUUUCCAAAAUGUCUUAAAAGGGCAGUGGUUGUCCCUAUAUUCAAAUCAGGUGACAAGAAUCUAGUUAAUAAUUAUAGGCCUAUCUCACUACUGCCAUCGAUAUCUAAAAUUCUUGAGAAGAUUAUUAACAUCAGAUUGGUAAAUUACCUAGAAAUGAAUAAAUUCUUGUCACCACUGCAAUUUGGUUUUAGAGCAAAGUUGUCAGCAGCUGAUGCAGUACAUACACUCACAGAUUUCAUAUCAGAAGAACUCGGCAAAGGCAACCACGUUCUAGGAAUUUUUAUUGAUCUUGCCAAAGCUUUUGAUACUGUGUCUAUUCCACUGCUUCUAAAGAAGAUGGAAUGUAUGGGUAUCAGAGGCACACAACUGAACCUCUUUGCUGAUUAUCUAGAUGACCGUUACCAGUGUGUUAGAAUAGAUGACGUCACAAGCCCAUUCCAGAAAAAUACUGGUUUUGGAGUGCCUCAAGGGAGUAUUCUUGGUCCUACCCUAUUUUUGAUCUAUAUCAACGAUUUAUGUAACAUUGAGAUGCAUCAUGGGAAACUAAUAUCAUACGCUGACGACACGGCCCUAAUUUUUUCAUCCAAUAACGACAAUGAACUGUACUGUAAUGCUCAA